GCAUUCCACUUCACUCUUUGCUUUGUCUUGUCUGUGCUUCAUAAUUAACAGGAACUCUCCUUCCUUGAUUUGUUAUUUUAUUUAGUGUACUGUAAAUCUUUGAAUAAUGGAUGAUUUCGGAGACAACUUCGUUCAACCUGAAGUAGACCCAGCAGCGGAGUUCCUCGCUCGUGAACAGAACCAGCUAGCAGGACUCGAAGAUGAGUUGGAAACCAGCGCUCCGCCCCCUAUUGUAUCCUCCUCAAACGGCUUGGAUGACUUUGUGGAAGUGCCAAGUGCCUCAGCCUUCGAUUCAAAUGGCCUUUUAGAUGAAGAGCCCAUCCAGACAUCAGUAUUCAAACAGGAAAGAGAAGAACCUGAGAAGAUCCGUGCCUGGCGAGAGGAACAGAAAAAGAGAUUGGAAGAGAAAGAUGCUGAAGAAGAAAAGAAAAAAGAGGAAAUGCUGAAAAUAGCCAAAAAGGAGUUGGAGGACUGGUACAAGACACAUGAGGAGACAAUUGCUAAAACAAAGGCAGCUAAUAGGGAAUCGGCUAAGAAUGCCGAGAAAGCUUUAGCACGCGGCUCUGAGGGUACCGUGGAAGAUGGUAACGAAUGGGAGCGCGUAGCUGAGCUAUGCGACUUCGGACCGAGACGCGGCCGCGACGUGGCGCGCCUCAGGUCCAUCGUACUGCAGUUGAAACAAUCUGGAGUAAGACCUAAGCACCCACCACGCACUACUAAAGUAGCUUGAAUUUCCAGUGAAGAUGUACGAGUUACAUUAUUACAAAAAAUUGUACCUAAUCAUCAGUCUCGUAUAUAAAAAUCACACUUAUUAAUUAUAAUAAAUUAGGAAAACAUUAAUAUAAAGUUAUUCCAAUGAUGUUGAAUAAUAAUACUGGAAUGUAAUAAUAAUAACAAUAACAGAAGUUAUUUAUUCAUUUUAUAGUAUAUUGUAUAAAUCAUAAUGGCGGACUAUUAUUAGAGACUAGUUAAGCCAAUGUUUUUUUUUUCAUUAUUAUGUUAAUAAAUAUCAUUCCAAAAUAAA